CAGCCAUCAUACUAGUUCCGCGCGUACGGAAGUAUGAGCCGGGAUCCUUCAGGCUUCAUGGUGCCGAGCGCGCACGGCGCCAGUGUUGAUCCCCUCCUCCGGGCUGAAUGGAUCCCGGAUGGCAACGGAGGCGGCAUUACGAGGUGGAAGGACGCACCGCCGGACACCUUGAUUCCAUGCACCGCGAAGCAGAUAAAAGACAUGGGCACAGGGAUCAUUGACGCGUCGAACUUUCUCACUGCAACGGGCGUGGAGGUGACUACGGUCAGGCUGCUAGGAAAAAUGGUGAAUAAGCAAGUGUCUGAUAACUCCGUCUUCUUCACCCUGGCCGACGAGACGGGUUGCGUCAAGGCACGCGUCUGGUUCGAGAACGGCAUCGAUGUCAUGUGUUCAGCGAGCAUCAGUGAUGGUGUGUACGUCAAAUUAACCGGUCGCUUGCGUGCCGAGCUCGGCGUGCCCGUAGUUGCAGCCUAUUCAUUGAGUGUGGUGACAAAUUUCAACGAUAUCACUCAUCAUUUCCUGGACUGCAUCUAUGUUCAUCUGAUGAUGCGAAGCGACCAUGCUAAACGCGUCGUGCACUCUCUUGCUCUCAUCCCAUUUGCCGCAUCCGCACCACUGGCUAGCACUGCACGCCGUGUCCCAGAGCGUCGUUUGAGUGUGAAGGCCGAGGAAGAAAAUCUCACUGAUAUGAUAAUGGGAUUUCUGGACCAGCCGGGGAUCGGCGCACUCGAGCAUGGAGUUAGUGUGAACCUGGUGGUGGAACAUCUUGGUAUACCAGAAUCAGAAGCAAGAUCGACGCUCGACAAGCUUGCUGAUCUCGGAUGCGUGUUCCAGACAAUUGACGAUGACCACUUCAAAUCUUGUGCUGAAUAGUAUGUCAUUAAGUUGUACAAUGCUGUCAUUCUGAAUCGUCGGUUUGAACCAGUUCAAGAAGGCAUUGCCCGAAUACCUUGUCUUUCUAUUAAUACAUCAGG